AUGGCGAACAACUCGGCGAUCCGCUGGAAGGCAGCCUUGAGCAGGCAAUGUAAUCUGCAGGAGCUCUGCAGCGUGCAGCGGCUGAUGAGCCUGCGAGUUAUCAGCGCACACCAAACAGUGCCCUCGCACAUGUCCGAUAUGCAGAAACAUGCCAGAAAGGCCACGAUGUCCAGCUGGCAGCACCAGUGGGACAGCUUGGAACGCGGCCGGUGUGACCAUCACUUGAUGCCUUACGUUGGACUUUGGAUGGAUCGGAGGCAUGUAGAGGUGGAUUUCUCCAUGACACACGGUCACGGAUGCUUCAUGUAG